UCAUGUUCUUACAAGAUCAAUGUGUUUUAUUUGACUUCAGAAGUUCAAAUAAUUAAAUUGUUUUCCCUCUGCCCAAAAAAGAUCAAUGUGUUUGGGGUUUAACCUUUUUAUGUUUGACUAAGUCUAUAGAAAAUAGUAUCAGUGUUUGUAUCUCUUAUGUUUAUUAUGAAAAUAUGCGUUGUUAUUCAUCUAAUAAUACUCAUUACACAUCAUAUAGUAUUUUUUCAAAUAUAUUUCGUAAAGCAUGAGAUUGACACUUAUCAAAAAGUUGGUGUGUCAUUCUUUUUUGAGAUGGAAUUCAAUUCAUAGCUCAACUUGAUUGUGGAUAAGAACACUGAUGCGUUGUAUCGAAGUGAACAAAAAAAAAUGCAAGCAUUUCUAUGUCUCUUUUUUUUAUCCAUGACGUGAAUUUCCUAAACUUCCCUUUCCUUAUUCACACACACACAAAAAAAAAAAAAUUCCCUGUCCUUGCAUUUGAAAAAGCCCAAGCCUGUCAGUAUAGGGGCAAAUCGGGGUGACCUGGACGCUGACAAGGACCAAAGUGCAAAAACGGUCAUUAACUGAAAAUAACUUCUUUCCACUGGCCACAGGAAAACCAUUUGGCACUCAGAUUCGGGGUCAUCCCAGAGGCCAAAGGACGCAAGGAUUUAUUCACGCCAAGUGGUUGAUCUUCUCCAUGCCUCGUAACAACAAUCCCUUCGAUGAAGAAAAUGUUAAUCCUACCGCGAAAGCAGCAGCAACAACAACAACAGCUUCUGUGCCGUCCAGGAAAUCAUGGCUCCCGGCAGGCUUCGGAGGAAGUGGCAAGCAUGGUGCAACCAUCGACAUUCCCCUUGGGGAUCCUAAGAAGAAGGAGAAAGAGCUACUGGCAUGGGAGCAGGACCUGAAACGGCGGGAACAGGAUAUUAAACGGAGGGAGGAUGCAAUGAACAGAGCUGGUGUCACUGUGGAAGUGAGAAAUUGGCCGCAGUUCUAUCCCAUCAUACAUCAUGAUAUAGCCGGCGAAAUACCAAUCCAUGCUCAAAAGUUGCAAUACACAGCAUUUGCUAGCUGGCUUGGACUGAUUGCCUGUCUCGUUUGGAAUCUGUUUGCUGUGUUGGUGGAAUCAAUUCAUACUGAUGAUAUCGUUAUUUUCCUCCUCGCUGUAAUCUAUGCAAUAUCCGGGUGUCCUCUUUCAUACAUACUUUGGUACAGACCUCUGUACCGUGCGAUGAGAACUGACAGCGUGGUAACCUUCGGCCAGUUCUUCGUCUUCUACUCGGUGCAUGUUGGAUUUUGUGUCAUUGCUGCAAUCGCUCCUCCAAUAAUAUUUAGGGGGAAAACUCUCACGGGUAUUCUUGUUGCAAUAGAAGUUUUAGAUGGAGAUAUAUUCGCUGGAGCGCUUUAUCUUUUCGGUUUUGCACUGUUUACCUUCGAAUCUCUUAUAAGCAUCUGGGUGCUUGAGAGAGUGUACAUGUAUUUCAGAGGGCAUAGGUGAAGACUGGCAAUGAGAUAAUGAAGUCAUUCAGAAAAGUAGUUUAUCUGAGAGCAAUAUCAGAGUGACAGGGUGUAAACAGAAAGUUCAAGAUUAGAAAAUAAUGAAUUCUCUGUGCCUAGUUAUUUUUUAGAAGAUUUUUUUUUAGAAGGCUGUGCCUAGUUAUUGUUGUGUUCAGAUCUAUUUCUAUGUUUGUAUGGUAGUGUUAGUCCCCCCUCAAAAAAUCAGUUGCAGAGUUUUAGAAAGGAAAUGCUAUGAGCAGAUGUUAAUCCUUUGGUCAGGAUAGCAUGCGUGUUCCACCAUUUGACAUCCCCAAGUUAAUAGUUGCAUG